AUGGCCGCGCCUCUUGCCGCGUGCAACCCGAACGAGUCAAUGCACCCAUACCCAAGCACGACACUCGUGGGAUCGUGUGGUUACACCUUGAAACAAGUCAUGAAGACGCAGAUGAGAUGGGAGUUGAAACUGCGAUCACCUGUAGAGUUAGAUGAGGUCACCCUGGUAUUGGUGACGGUUUAUGGUAAUCUCUACUCUGCCGCUGAUGAUGUCCAUACCACUGCCGUUCUAACUGGGAAGGACUAG